GCCUCGGCGCCCGACGCGGGCGGCGUCGGCGCUGCCGCGGCGAGCGCGGGGCUCCUGCAGGUGGAGCGGCUCCUGCGGGGGGCCCGCGGGCAGCUGCGGCGCGGCCUCGGCGCGCCGGCGCCGGGCUCGGCCGCCAUGCGGCUCGUGCUGGGCGGCGCGCUGUGCCUCUUCGCGGUGGUGAUGGUCCUCUUCUGCGCGAGGCGGCUGUGCCAGUUCUCGCAGCCAGAGCCGGAAGGCGCCCAGCACGAUCGGCGGAAGGUCCGCGGCCAGGUCCUCGAGGCCGCGGCAGCGGUCAGGUCCGACAGGGCGCAGCCCGCGUCCCGCCGGGCGACGUCCCACAAGGUGUCGUUCCAGAAUUUUGCCGGCGGCGUGAACAGGGCCAGUAGUGCCCGCCAGGCUGUCGCCGCCCUGGGCCGGCAGAAGUCCUCGCGGCCGAGGCCCCAGGCGGACCCCGACGCUGUGCGGUACAAUAUUGGCUCGCGCCCGGGGUCCGCCGCGAGCGUGCACGUGGUGGCGCAGGGGACCACGGCGCACUGGCAGAGCGAGCCCAGCCCGCGCUACGUGCGACAGACCAGCACCCGGAGGAGCCUGGCGGGCAGCGGAGGUGACGCCGUGAGGCCGCUGCCCCCGCUGUGCCCGGGCAGCGUGCCGCCCCCCCACGAGACGCGCUUCUCGGUGCCGGUGGACACGCUGGCGGUGGCGGGCGACAACGACCUCUCGGGGGUUGCUCUAGAGGUGCUCCUGGCCCGAG